AUGGCCUUAAAAGCCCCAUUGAUACUAGAGCUCGCCACACCAGACGACAUACCCGCAAUAACAAACCUUUGGUUCACAGUCUUCAAUGAAAGCAUGAACCACCUAAUGCCCGAUACACCCGGUGUGCGCGCAUGGAUGACAGAAGCAAAUUACCAUGACAUGGAGAACAAGCCCUACCAUAAAUACAUCAAAAUCAUCGACCCAACUACAAAGGAUGUAGACGGCCGUCCCAGACUAGCAGCCUACGCCAAAUGGGAUCUGGCCAUGCCCAACCAGCGCGGCCCUCGUUUCCCGCCUUGGCAUGCAGACAUGCCGGCUGGCGAUUGCGAUGCUUUCUUUGGGAAGUUGGAGGAUGAUCGGAGGCGGGUAAUGGGUGAGAGGAAGCAUUAUUAUCUCGAUAUGCUUGGUACACAUCCCGACUACCGUCGUUGCGGAGCUGGCUCUGCGCUUGUUCAGUGGGGAUGUGAUAUUGCCGAUCGGGAGGGUGACGGCGCUUAUGUUGAUGCUAGUAAGGCUGGUGCACCGCUUUAUGAGAGGCAUGGGUUUGUCGAUCUUAGUGACCCCGCAAAACCGGGUACUACUGCUUCUAUGGGGCGGCUUUAA